UCAAGCGCCAUGAGACGGACUGUUGCAUUGGAAUCGCCGUCGACGGCCGUUGUGGCAUCCCUCUGCACAAGUGUCGGCAAGGCAGGAUAUUAAUAUCUCGCAGUGGGCGCCACGAUGGCAGCAGGCUUGCGGCUGACCGAGACUGGGGAGGCAAAUGGCUCAGGAAAAAAGAGCAGUGCGUCGUCAUCUGAUGCCUUCACGUCCCCACGGCACAACCAACAGGCUCUGACUGAUAGGCGUGAUAAUGGCUUGCCGCAUCGGGGCAAUCCAGCGCCAUGCCAACAUGUCGGCUGCUUCUGGAAUGUGCAUGCCGCAGCGUUAUGCAAGGUGCAGGGCUCAAGCACGACAGAGAUCCACCGUGAGAUGCGCCAUGCCGCGCACCAAGCCCGCGAGUCCGUAGCGGGAGCCACAAAUAUCUUCCCGCCGCGUCUCGCGACUCGCUUCGGCGCCCUCGGUCGCGAGCCAUGCUGUUCCGCCGGGGUCUGGGACGCUCCUGCUCAACACCACAAACCCUCUGCCACCUCGCCGCCAGCAUCCAUAUUUGACGCGGCAAAAGAAAGCGGCGGCCUCCGCUGCGUCGUUGCUGCAAGAAUCUCGCGCACUCGAAUUGCUCCCACCGCCGCCGCCCACGUGUGGGUCACGCUACGCAGCGAGCUCAUCACGCCGCCGCGCCGCCGAUAG